AUGACUGCAAAGCAGGAGAAUAUGGUGGAGGAGAUAAUGGCAAGCAAACCCCAGGGGUAUCACCGACUUGCAAAUGUGAUGAGCAACGAUGCUAGCUUUGCGAUCUUUCGUAACUUCAACGAGAUUAACAUCUUCAAUUUGUUAAGUCUCCAGGCUGAAAUAAAUGAUUUACGACACAAGUUCGGAUUCCUCUAUCGCUCAGAUGAUGUCUCCAAUGAUGCUACAAGAAGGGAGUUUUCAAAGCGGUUCCUGCUUUUGCAUCAGUCCCAGGGCGACGAAGGUCGCCAAUAUCAAACGAUGUUGCAGUUGCGCUCUCGGAUGAAAGAAUAUAUAAAUGCGGUGAACAGAAUAGCGAGACCGCGGAAAUCACAUAUUUCAAUUCUUCAGGACUGGCUCCAAGAUUCUAAGGGAGGCAAUAACUUCCAGAAAGGGACUGAAGAUCAGAUCUGGGAUGACGAAAACCCUUCCGCCUACCUGACCCUUUUAGUACCAGCAGGUGAAAUGGAUCUAUUCUCCCGGUGGAUUACUCGUAUUGUUGUUGGUAUAUUUCAUCGCACAUGGGGUGAGAAACACGGGCUUGGGAAGGUCGUUGACGAAGAGAGCGGCUUGAUUUCCUACGAUGACUCGAAAAUCAAUAUGGCUAGCACAAUUUUUGCGACUGUGAUCUCCUCAAUCUUGCCGGUUAUCGCAAUCCUGGUUCUUUAUGUUGUGAAAAAUACGGUGCAGAGGAUUUGUAUUACUCUUGCCUUUACAGCCGCCUUUGCCUGUGUUCUUGCCACCUGCAGCUCUGCGCGGAGAGUGGAAAUAUUCGCUGCUACAGCUACAUUUGCUGCAGUUGAGGUCGUAUUCAUUGGGAGCGCAAUACCUAGCUAA